AUGUGGAGAUUUCCACCGCAAUAUCUACCCAGCAAAAUGUUGCGUCGAUUCUCUGGCAACCGCCAAUUCCUCAGGUUUUUUUCGAGAUACCCCAAAAAUGACCAAAUCUAUGUGCACAAGGUUGGAUCCAGCUAUGUGGCCAAUUUAUCCGAGAACCCAAAGGAUACUCCAAUCGGAUUCUCCCCCAGCGAGAAGAUCGACCACGAGACGUUUAAAAGCAAUCCUGAAUUUCUAGACUUGCUCAAUAACAAAAUUAAAGACUCAAUUCAGAAGGAUUUCUCGUUUAUAAUGGAGGCUGGCGCCAAUGCCAACGCAUUCAUGCCCAUCUAUGAUUUCCGAGAGAUCCCCAACUAUGCAAGAACGCCCGAAGUGGAUGAUAUUUUUGGCUACGUGUUGGUUGACGGUGACGGAAAAAUCAUUCCCGGACUGUAUGAGGUGAACGACUUGUAUCGGUUGUGCAAUGGUGUGGGCUUGGUCAAGCUUACGGAUUAUUUGGUAGACGAGAUGAGAAAAGCCACAGCUGCCGCGUAA